AUGGACGUCAACCAAGUUCUGGAUGCUCCGCAACAAAUGCACUCACUUCCCAAUGCUCUCGGAGUUAUCAAUGAGCAGCUCCUUCAAAAUCAACUAACUCCAGCUGCACCCUCGACUUUGGUACCAAAAGCCACACCAAUCUUGGAAAUGUUCCGUGGAAUCAACCCGUUGGAACAUGGUCUCUUCUCUAUCCCAACUGCACUUCCAGGACCACGUGGUUCUCUAACUUUGGGAACAUCCCAAUUGAUGAUUAACCUGGAACUAAGUCGAAUGCAAGAGCAGGUUCUCUCUAAUAUGAAAGCGUCUGGGACAGUUCCCGCACCUGUUUCUCAUUCGUCAAGUGCUGAAUCAUCAUCCUCGAAUAAUGAUUCUGCUGGAUUAUUAACGCUAGGAUCUGCCCCAUGGAACGAAUCUUCAAAUCUGGAUCAAAAUUUUCUUAAGGCUUUGUUGGCUUCUACUACGCUGUGUAGCUCUACAGGGAUAACUAGCCACGUGGCCAUGUCAGACUGCACGUCGAAAACUCUUGCUCAACAAAUUGAAGAGCAGUACAAAAAACGGAUGGAAGAAGAGCAAAAAUCAGAACAAAGCAGAAAACGUGCCAGAGAGAACAGUGUUUCGGUAGUGGUGAAUGCCAAAUGCCAGGAUGUUGGAUCCAGAACUGAACUAGCUUCAUCAGAUGUUCCAUCUCCAAAACUUCAGAAUCAAGGCGACACUGACAAUGAAAUUCAAGUCAUUGCUCACCAUCGACCUCCACCAAAUCCAGUUCUGGCGAUUCCAACUUCAACGGCACCCCCAGCUUCUACGGUGCUUCCAACUUCUUCGGCAAUUCCAACUUCUUUGAAUCUACAAGCUUCUUCGAGAAUCGCAGUUUCAACAAAUGCUCAAGGCACUAGUUGGCAACAGAAAGUUAGCCAGAGCAUGCAACAGCUUGGUCUUCUGGAGCAAAAAGCAAUAAUCAUUGCUGCCGCUGCUCAACCUAAGCCUCAGGCUCCACAAUCUAGAGCUCCACAGUCUCAGGUAUUCGUCAUGACCGGUGCCCAAACCGAAUCUUCGUAUCAGCAAUGUUUCUCUGCCGAAAUGUUUGACUGCGGAUACAUGAAUGAGGCCGAGAUUGUCACGGAAGACCAUAUUCCUCAGAAUAUAGCCCAAAAACUUCAUACCGUAAUGAACGAAACACUUGCGACUCCCGGAAUAUUUGGGAGCCAUCAGAAAGUCUACAUGACCAUUAUGUCAACUGGUUUUGAAAUUAAAAUUCGAAGAACUACAACAAAAGUGGAAUUCGGAAAACUUGUCGUAGUUUACUUGCAUGGUGCAGCCGAUGUGCUUGGAAUAGGCUUUUACCAUAACAACAGCAAAGAGAGAAUGAAGUUCACAAUAUUGAAAAUGAACAGCACAGAGGAAAAGAAAGGAAUCGCUGUAGCUCUACUGAGGUGCUGCGCUCGUAAAUAUGUAGGAAACCCAACGGAUUUUGAAACAUUCUUUUUUUAA